AUGGCGUCCACUCGUUAUCAACCUGGUGAGCUUUUCCGCAAACAACGCCUCCAAAAUAUACUUGACAGCUCAAAUUUGGGGCAAAAUAGUCAGGAUAUUGAUGGUUUAAGCGAGACCGCAGCAUCUCAGUCUGAUCAGGCCCUGAUUUCAUUGGAAUUGGAUGCCCCAAGGCAAAAUACGAAUACGAACUCAAAGAGAAAGCGAAAACCUUCAGAUGUUCUUCAGCAGAAAUCUAUAAAGGUGAAAGUGGCUAAAAGGAGUCCUGAAAACCAAAGAAAGGUUAUGGUUUGGUCCCCAGAUCGGAUAGAGCUGCUGCUCGCGUAUUUAAAGGAAUACAAAUCCACGUGCGAGUUCAAUGGUAGAGAUUUCAAGCAAGAUCUGGCGGCCAUGUACACAGAGAUUCGCAAAUGCUUGGCAAAAGAUUACCCGGAGGAAUUCGGGCCACAAGUCACUACUGAGCAUAGUAUGCCCAUCAAAGACAUGGACAGUUCAGAAUACCAGGCAUUCAAGAAGACUCUCAAUAAGGAACAGGAGCUUAUCAAGAAAGGCUAUGACCGCGUGAAGGAGAAGAUCCGAAAUGUGAGGCAGGAUUUUCGAACCGCGGUGAACAAGGGGACUAGAAGCUGUAGCGGCAAAAUAGUCCAGGAAAACUUUGAACUUUUAGCUGACAUUUGGGGUGGCUCGCCCGCAACAACUGCUCUCCCCUUCGGAGUUGAUGGCGAUAGUGCUCAAGGUACUGAGGAAGAACUGGAUAGUCAGCCACUGCUGGAUUCAACCGAUGAAAGCAUUUCUGCACAGUCUGAUUCGCCACUACCUCCAGACAGCCUAUUAGAUGACCCACAACCAUCCAGGUCCAAUAUUGCAGUCAAAACAAUUCCCAAACUGGUGGACAACAAAAGGAAACACACGGAAAAGGCACUCUCUCAGGCUCAGAGAGACCAACUUCUGAUGAAUACUGCGAAAGAGGACCUGUUCAUGAAAAGAGAGAUGCUCAAGUCAUUUGACAAAUCAAAUAAAAUCAUGGAAGAGUCCAUUGGAAAAAUGACAGCAUGUCUGACAUCUCUUGGGGAAGGCAUUGCAACUGGAAUGAGGAUGCUAGCAAAUGCUAUUGCUGACACACGCCAUCCUGCACCUCAAGCCUACCCACCACAGUUCAAUAACCACUAUAUGGGAGGUUUUACUCCAUAUCAUAAUGAUUCAGCUGUAGGCAGAACCCACGCACAGUUUAACAUGAAUGCUGAACAGCCAAACAAUACAGGCAAUAAAGAUGUUCACGUUUGUUUGAAUUGGAUCGCAUACUUCUUGAAAGGAGUGGUAGACUUCUACCACAUGUUCGUUGACAAUUUUGAUUCUAUGUAUGACUUGUCGAUUGUCCCUGAUGAUUUGAAAGAAUUCAGAGGCUAUUGUGCAUGUGGUGAUUUGGGUUUGGUUGGGGUGUUGUCCGAAGUUUCCCCAGAAAGAAUUGAGCAUUAA